GACCGUUUCCUCGUUCCCGACAAUUUCAUUCAACUUUAGAGAACAUCUGUUGGCAAACCCAACGUUUCUCACACGUGGGAGAAGCAGCUCUCGGUAUAUAAGUCAGGUCAAGUGACCCAAAUUCACUCAACAUACUGAAAACAUGAAGGCGUUCAUUGCUGUUCUUCUAGCUGCUCUGUGCUUUGAAGGGCUGAAUGCACAGUGUCCUGAACCAAGCGCACUGCAGGAUGCUGAAGGGAACAAACUCUGCGCACGCAUGUUUGAACACAGCAGCUAUUACUACGACCAGAGCUGUCAAGGCAAAUACCUAGAUGUUUAUCCUGGUGAAGACUAUCCCAUCAUGACGUGGGUUUGGAACAACCGUGUCUCUUCUCUCGUGGUGGCCAGGUCCUGCAGCCUGACAGUGUGGUCUCGAAGCAAGAAGCAGGGUUCCAAGAAGAAGUUUUCUGCUGGCAUCGUGUACCACCUCAAGGACGUGAAGGAAGGCCUGUUUGGCAACUGGAACGAUUCCAUCUCAGGAUACUACUGCACAUGCUAGAUGUGAAACAAGGCCGAAGACAAAUACGCCAAAUACAUUAUUAACAUAUGAAAUGAUGUUAAUGAAAUAAGAACAGCUGUUAACCCUGGUAAACUUGUUUUCAAAUGUUCAAUUAAAACAUCUCUCAAU